UUGUACCCUAUCGCUUCAAACUCGCGUUGACCUACUUAUACAUGUGCAAGUUAUAUAUAUCCUCGAAAACACGGGACUCUUCCUGGUGAGGAAGCACCAGGAUGUCAUGCAUUUUCUGACAAAUGGGAUCAUGUUUUUGAAACACGGACUGAAAUUCUUAAGUUGCCCUUCAACAAAAAUAACGGUACAGUGCUUCAGUCUUCGAUAGUCAGAUAAUAUCAGCUUGGGGAUUUCCCCAAAUACGCGUAGGAUGGCGUGUGGGUGAGGUAUGAUCACCACAUGUUACAAAGGGAGUGUUCAAGCAUAUGCCAAGUUAGCGUCUCUUCUAAUCGGACCCUUCUACACGUUGGGGAAAACCAAGAUGUUCGGAUGUACCGUGUUCCUGGCGGUGUUGACCUUCAUGUCCGUCGUGACCCCUGGGACAUCAGGCGGACUCGUCAAAUGUAACCCUGGAAUGUAUUAUGACACUGCCAUUGGACGCUGUGACGUUUGUGAUGUCAUUUGUGACUAUGCUGAGAUUCAAGGCACUGUACAUGAGUGUAGUGAAAAGUGUCCUGAAUAUAAAACUACGACCGCUAGCAAGCCUUUCAUAUCAACAAACCCCUCGCCAAGUUCGCCAUCGGGGGACAGGCACGGCGGCUUCACGAUGUCAACACAUGCAUCUGCAUCUUCAUUGGGGGUAAUAUAUGACCAACCAAGGCUUAUACUCCUCCUUGUGAUAGCCUUGUGCACUGUGACUAUCCUUAUGUCGACAGUGAUAAUCCUGCUGGUUGUAUGGAAGCUCAGAGGGGACACGUCGCAUAGGAAGACAAUCUACAAUAAAAUAAAUAGGACACCAUCUCCAAUAUACGCGAAUGGACAAAAGAAGAGAAUAAACGGAGACUACGUUCUCAAUGGACUAUUGGCACGGGACAGUGUGGAUGUGUGAAUCAUUUUGCUGAAUGUUUAUGUACGUGGUGAAAUUUGAACGCUUCCAUUGGCAUAAAAAUCAACCAAAUGAUAUUAUGAUCGUGAUGAUAUAUUUUUUGCGAAAUAGAUCAUAUCUUCGUAUAUCUAUUGGUCAUGUUAAUGCAAAGUGAGUAUUUUCGAAGACAAUUUGUACAUUGCUGACAAGUUAUAUGUAAGUAAGUAUCGAACCAGAUAGAGGACCAUUUAUGCUUUAGAUCGGUUUUUCAAUCAUUUAGUACAUAUUGCACAAAGUCAUAUACUUUAUGCAAGGGAGUUUUAUCCUUGGUCUUGGUUUUAGUGAGUAAGUGAGUUUGGUUAAACGCUUUGAACAGUAUUCCAGUUAUAUCACGGUAUGCCAGCUUAAUGUUGGAGGAAAGCCCGAAGUAAUGCAGGUCUCAGAAGUUUACCACUUCAACUUUUAACUGCGAAUUGCGGCGCCCUAGACGCCUGAGCCACUCGUGACCAUGUUUUUACAUAUUGGGGAUGUUACAUAUAUUGUUGUCAUGUGUUUCUUUUAUGACACUAAUGUCUGGUGUCACGCUGCUGAUAUAUAUAUACAUGAAUUAUUGUUAUAAUUAUCUGUGUCUGUGCAUUGAUUCCGAGAGUUUAGCACGUUGUUUCCAUGUUUAAAGUUUAUGUUAUUUAUUAUUUAACGUUGUAUAAAAAAAUAUAUUAAUAUAACAAA